UUCCGAGGAGGAAACGGUAGCGUCGCCCCGAGGAAUGCGUACUGCGUCGCGCGUCGCGCAAAAGUAAUUCUCGGCGGGAAGAAGAAUGGAUAUGGAUAGCGCGGAGGGUCACGACGAUCCUCAAUUUGUGAAAGUGCUGGGGACCUGUUUAAAAAUGGAAAUUGCGGCAGUCAAGGGAAGGCUCGACGGGAACGUGGAGCAGAUCAAACAGCUGAAGGCGUUCGUGCGCAGCGAGCUUAAGAGGAGGAAGGAACUCAAGGGGAAGAUAACGCAGUUGAACAAGAUUAAACUGAUACUGAGCGAGACUCUGACAAAGUUGUAUAUAAGCAUCAACGAGAUCUCGGACACUGUAGAAACCAUGAAGGCGAAUGCCGACGAUCAGUACAAGCUGAUUCAACUGCGGUCGCAGGAGUACCAAGGCAUCGUUGCCGAGUACAAGGAAACGUGGCACGAAUAUCGCGCUAUGUACGAGGAAUUUCCGCUGGCGAAGGCCAGAAACGCGGCCAAGUUCGACUUGGAGAAACUCAAGAUCAAGUAUAUGGUCACGUCUUAUAAGAAAGCGGAGAUGAUGACGAUUAUCAAGCAGCGGCGACGCAUCAACUGGAUCCGCACGCGCGGCAAGAUAGUUGAAUUCGUCACCGUGAUGAUGGAGCGUUUGAAGCUGGAAGAAAACUUUACGAAACUGAAGGAGAACGUGAAGCGUCACGGAAAGGAGUUUCAGUCGGUCCAAGCGGAGCUGCAAGUAUUACGCAGGAAGGAGGAGGAUCAGAAGAGGCAGAGGAAGCAGAAAAUGCUGGAGAUGGCGCCGCCGAAGAUCAACAUCCCGUUUCGAGAGAUGUACGCUCAAAAUCAAAUGCGUACGAGGGUGCAACACGAGUGGAAGCAGGUUCACGAGCCUCUCGAUGACACCAUAUCGGUCAAUACCUUGUACCUGGAAGAAUUAUGCAUAAGCGAGAAUUCCGUGGCGCCUGAAGAAAUAAACGUAAAAGCGACACGCGACAACGAUUAUAAUAUUACCGCGGCUGAAGCGUCCGAUCCGAAAAAUACUGUCGUUUCGGAGAAAGACGGUGCCCGCGACGCUCUGGUAGCGUCGAACGCGAAGCCAAGCGUUGAAAAAGUGACUUUAACAGACGACGACGUAGAAAUGAAAGAGACCGGUCACGAGGAGACGCAGAAGUCUCCGGAGUCCGUUAAAACGCAGCCAAGCUGCCGUAUAAAAGAAGGCUCGCUCAAGCAUAGCGCCGUCAAGAAUACACCGGACGAAAUUGGAGCAAAAAGGAUGCGGCUUCAAAGGCAGGACAGUAAGGGGAGUAUCAAUAAAAUAACUGCUCCUCAGCCAUCGAGCAUUGUUAGAAAACUGGAUUUCCAAUCUUCGCCUCCGUCGCUUCCGGUGAUUAAGAAGAUAGAAACCGUACGCUACAACAUUGCGCCGCUAAUGCCGGUACCGAAACCCGUUCAGCACUCGACUACUGCCGCAAGUAGCAGUGUGUUUUCUCCGACGCAUUACGAUUUCUGUGACAGUAACAUGAGUUCCUUCGAUCAGGAUUUUCAAUCAAAAGGCGUACCAUCGUUACACGAGGGAUCGCUGUGUAAUUUUAGAUUAUCUCCGAUUUCCAAUAUAUCGGCCAUGUAUGUCGAUGAAGACGCGCAGAUGGCUCCUCCCUUGAAACCUGCUGCGCAACAGGACAACAAAAGCAGAUCUGACGACAAAACGACAUCGGCGUUCGACUUUAAUAACUUUAUAAAGAAAAACAAAAGAGGAGACAUGUCCUUUUUUUGAAGAAAGAAGAAAGGAAUAUUUAAACUCUCUGGUUCUUAAAGUAAGCCAAUAUAAUCUUAAUAAUGUAUUAAAAAAUUCUAUACGUACAAGUUAAGCUCUGUUAUAUUCUACGUCGAUUAAGCGAAACGCUAUUUUUUAUAUACGUUAAUUAAGCAACACAUAUUACUUUUAUUAUUACAUUUUCAAUUGUGCGGAGAAAUUGUACGGGAAACAGAGAAUUAAACUAAUUUCUACAUCCA